AUGCCCCCCGAGCCGGAUACAUGUAGCAGUGUCCCUCGUUCUCGCGGGGUGACAACCUGCUGUACAGACAUCCAAGACGAGACUAAUUGCCAGCGGAAAAAGCAGAGAAGACCCUUGUCUGAGAUUCGGACCGUGAGGGAGCGGGCUCCCACGAGUCCAUCUGGGGAAGGUAUUGGCGAAUGGAGAGAGCUUAAAGAAAGGUGGCGCAGAUUGUAG